CAAUCUUGGCAAAAACAGCUGCUGCAGUCUGGAGGCUUAUGCCACUGAAUGUUCUAAUGAAGGAAUCUGUAUUGAUUGGAGAAAUGCUACCAAUGGGCUCUGUGAGCACAAGUGUCCAAGCAACAAAGUGUACAUGCCCUGUGGUCCAUCCGUAGAGCCUACAUGCAAUAACGGAUACAACACGGCAUACCAAACAGUGGCAUCCAGUAACAACACUAAGGAAGGUUGUUUCUGUCCUCAUGGUACCACAUUAUUCAACACAGUACAUGACAUAUGUGUUGACACCUGUGCCUGUGUUGGACCUGAUGGAAAACCCAAACAGCUGGGCGAGACUUGGACAAGUGACUGUCAAACCUGUGUUUGUGACAAGGACUCCAUGAGCGUCCAGUGUGAGCCUGUUCAGUGCCAGUCUGUACAAAGUCCUAACUGCAGCGAGCCUGGCCAGCAACUGGUCAACAAUACAGUGAACUGCUGCACAACACAGUCAUGUGAAUGCAACGUAAACCUGUGUCCUCCUCCUCCCACGUGCUUGCUGGGCUUCCAACUGAGCAUUACCAAUGGCACCUGUUGUCUAUCCUACAACUGUGUUCCUAAAGGUGUAUGUGUCUAUAACAUGACUGAAUACAAGCCUGGUACCAAGAUCCCAACACCAGACACACUAUCAGAACCCCCGCUGGAAGCACCAGAAGCACAAUCAAUUGUAGAACAAGCAUCAGUAACAACAACAACACCAUCAGGAGCUGGAGAAAUAUCAACAACGUCAGAGUCGUUUACGCCCGGGCCCUGCCAGGAAUGUUACUGUGGCCCCGAAAUGGAUCCUGUCACCAAGCUGAACAUCGUUAUCUGCAAACCUGUCGUCUGCAACGAAAACUGUUCUGCUGGUUAUGAAUAUCAGACUGAACCAGGAAAGUGUUGUGGAACAUGUGUUCAGAUGGACUGUAUUUUCACCACACCUGACAACGUGACGGUGCAUGUUAUUGAGGUCAACAGCUCUUACAUACCUCCUAAUGACAAAUGUGUGCAAUAUACCUGUGAGAAGCUCAACGGACAGCUUGUUACCAAGGAAACCAAGGCUACUUGUCCUCCCUUUAACCCCUUGGACUGUGAACCUGGCACUGAAACAACAGAUGCCAGUGGGUGCUGCCCAACCUGCAAUAUAAGUCUGUGUAAGACCCAGAAGGAGCAGAGAAUCCUUGAACUGAACAACUGCAAGAGCGCACAGCCAGUUAACAUCACAUAUUGCGCUGGACACUGUGACAGUUUCUCCAUGUACUCUAUGGAAGCCAACACAAUGGUACACAAUUGCGAGUGCUGCCAAGAAGCCACCACAAGUGUGGAGCAGGUGGAGCUUACCUGUGCUGAUGGGUCUAAGCUGCAGCACAGCUACACCAUGGUUCAGUCAUGCCAGUGCAGCAAAACAGAAUGCGUGGAAGGGACAACGCCCAAACCACAGCGCCGCAGGAGACGCUGAUCAUCAGUAACUUAAAUGCUUUACAAUGGCUCGACCACCUCGACACUGAUUGUGCCUCAUUUUCUUAUCUCUGGUUAAACAAAUGCUCCUUUUCUGUAUCACAACAUACCACUGUGAUGUAAACUGUCUUUUCUUGGUGAUGAACAUUAAAGUCUUUCUGCAACAUGAA